CGGGAACUCUAUGUUGGUGAACAUGUUACCUGAAUUUGUGUUGUAAAAUAAUAGUCUGUACUACGAUCACUAAACCACAGGAAUGACUCAAAGAGGAAUAACGUGAGUUUAUACUCCUUGAUUCGUAGGAGCGUGGUUUGAGUAAAGAUGAAUGAAAUUGUAAAUGUUAUUGUGGCGAUCGUCUACCUUGAACCAAUUAGACGCUUACAAAAUUAUUGUCUCUCCGCCUCCAGUGCAUUUUUCUCUCCGUGUGCGAAACCAAAGGUUAAAGAUAGGAGCGAAGAAGGAGUAGCCAGGUAUGCUUGAUGUAUUGAAAUGUUUAAGAUCUAUGUCGUUAACGUUGUCGUUUAUUCUUCAAGACUUCAUUGGAACGAUGUAUGUCAACAUGGCAUAGGGUAAUGAUUGGGGUGAGACUAAGCAGAGGUUAAUACCACGAGCUAGAUUAGUGGGGGCGCUUAGAGGACUGCCGUCAGCAUCCCUUCUUCCUGAUUGAGCUGAGUUUACUUUUGUAGUCUAUCAUCCUUCAUAAAGAGAUUCAUAUGUUUUUGGUAUGGAGUGGAGCCAUGCACCAAUAAAACUUUUCCAUAGACCCUCCUUUAUUUUGCAAUUCUCUGUAUGAUCACAUUUUAUGCAUUGUAGCUAGCAUGAGUGCACAUCACUAAGAGUAUUUAUAUAUUUAUUACAGAUAUGAUUGGGUUUUAUUGUAACAAUGCAGUUAACCUGUUACCUAAUUUUCAGUAAUGAUGACAUUGAAGUGAAAGAGGAGAGGACUCCACUGAAGUUCAAACCUCAAACUACAGCUUUAGAUUCACCUCCAGUCAAAAAGACUUGCAAACAAAAAUCACGCCGCAUACUUGAUGAUGCUAGCGACGAAGAAAACAAUAAAGAAGACUUUUCACCAGCCAAGCACAGUGAACAUGUUGAUAUCCUGAAACAAAACACUGUAUUGCAAGAAGAAAAUACUAAAACAGAGCAUUAUGAAGUUGGUGACAAUAAGGAAGAAAGCAAAUUCAUAGAAGUGAUGUCUCCACAAAAUGAGAGGAUGCAUAUCCCUAAACGAAAGACAGGUUUGCAAAUGACAGUUUAAUACUUAUUUUGAUACUGUCCUGAAUUCCCCUGGUAUGUUUUUACAAGUCACCAAAAACAAGAGUUAGCUGCCUGCAGCACCUGGGUUUAUAAGAAGUACAUCUUUGAUAAUUGUUACAUGUAUGUAACACUAACAUUAUUCAGGUCUUUUCUCAGCACCAAGAAAACCUGCCAAAAGGAAGGCCUCAAGUGAGGAAGAAUCUUCUGAGAAAAAUCAGGUACAAUGAACUGUAUGCAUAAGCUGAUUUUCUUAAAUUUUUUUGUAAAGCAUAAUAAAACAUGAGCAAGAUUUCCUGCAGUUCCUUCUAAAAUGGAAAGGAACAAAUUAUUGCGUUCUAACAACUUUAUUCUUUUUAGGCCAAAGUGGUGAAACGAGCAAAGUCAGAACAGGACUCUCAAGAAAAUCAAAGAGAAAAUCUUGACAAGGCAGGCAAUCCUACAUCAAAUGAAAUAAAAAUGGAAAAAGCAGAGAGAGGAUUAAACUCUAGAGUCAAGGAAGCAACUAUUGUUAAGUGUGAGAAAGAUCAAACAGCAAGGGGAUCAGAAUCUAAGGGCAGAAUGAAAGAAAAAGAAAAUGAAAGUGGCGAAGAAUUAACUGAGAUGAAAGAAGAUACUGAAGAAGACAAAAAAAAGAAAAAAACAAAACCAAAAAAAAAUUUAAAGAGUGAUGGAGCAAAAGGUGAUAUGAGGCUGAUAGUCUCAAAACAUGCUGAAACAAAAGAACAGAUUAAGUCUAGUAAGGAAAAUGGAGAGGGAGAUUCUGAGACAGUGAUAAAGAAAGAUAAAGAAGAAGAAAUAUCUAGCAGUCAAGACUCCAGGGGUGAAAGAAAAGUUAAAGGAGCAUUCAUUGACUUCUUCUGUAAGUACACUGAAUGUUCAUGUGUCAGUAUAUGUAGGUUUUUCUUUUCAAGUAGUAGCCCAGACAUAAAGCAUGCAAGCUACAAACAAUACAGUGAAGACUGUUAAGACAAGGAUGGAAACUAAGAUCUUUGAUUUACUGUUUCUCUGCUGUAAGUCUGACAGGUUUGGAAAACCAUCCUCAAUCACACAGAAGAGGUACAUAAGGCUGUUACUCCUCAAGAGAAAAACGUGUUGUUUCAAACUUGUUGGGUAGUCACUAGCAGCUGUUAACAUCUAAUUGAACAAAAAAAACAUGGAGAUUUUCACAGAAGGAUCAUUAGUAGCGUAAAAAGGGUUCAUUAAUAUACAUUGGCAGGCCUUGUGGAAGGGUAUGGCCUACUUAAAUGACCAAGCAUAUCAUGUCUGGUGACACAGAAAUUUAAUAAAGAAAAGUACUUUUUGGGAAAUAAUAUGAUCUUUAGGUUAGGGGUCCUUGUCAAUACCUGAUACAAGACACUUAACUUCACACAUGAUGAUGCCUCUCCCCACCUUUGAUUUUAAGCUCACUGGAUUACUAAAUUUCUGAUUUUUCUCUUAAAGCUCCUAAACGGUCCAAAAAAGAAGAAAGUAACAAGGAAAAACUUCCAGAGAAGAGUAAAAGUGACAGAGACAAUCCACCAACAAAGAAAACAAGGUGAGAAAGAGUGAAGGACAAACCCUUUAAUGCCUAGAAGUUAUUGACUAGUGAUGUCUCCUUGUGAUAUCCAUACAUAACUCAGCAAACAGGUAUUGAGAAUACUCAAACUUAUCAGGCAGACGUUUUUUUUCUUGAUCUAAGACUGCAUUCUUGUUACUAAUUUUCAAGGAAAUGUGUAGCAGCCAGAGGGGAGACUUCAGAACAAUCAGAUCUUGAGGGUUACAGGGUUACAUGAAAGUUUAGGUGAAGAUGCUGAGACAUAUCUAAUCCCUUCCCUAAUUUCCCUAUACUCAUAGGCAAUGUGAGGGGUUGGUUUUUAGACUUAGAGAACAUUUAUAUCUGGUCAAAAUAAUGUUGUCUUUAACUAAAGUACCCCACAUUUUAUAGCUCUUCAAAUAAAACUGGGCUCAGUGAACCUGUGAAGGCCACAGAAUAUUCUCCAGAGAAAAGUGACUAUCACCCCAUUAAAAAUGCUUGUUGGAAACAUGGAGAAAGGUAAGUAAUUGUCUAUAAUUUUAGUUUCCAACAAACUCGCAAUAAAUGGAAUUAUAAUUAUUGUUGGUAUAAAGGUAGAAGCAUCAACAAAGUACAAUGUUGUACUCUUAAUUCAGGGCCUGACAACACACCCCAUUUCAUCAUCUGUAACAAUUAGAUUCCCAUGCUUCAUGAGUAGUGUUUCUUACCUUACUCUCCUAACAAUUGAGCAGAGCCCUACACAAUCCCAAUCAUUUCAGUCCUGUCCUAAAGGGCAGGUAUCUUUUUUUCUAUAAUUUAUAUGCCGUCUCUACAAAUUUUAACUUGGGUAAUGUGCUAUAUGUGCUGUUAUUAAACUGAAUCUUAAAAAGCUCACUUCAUUCAUCCAUGUAUCCUUCUAACAAUUAUUUAUACAUUUGUUCACCCAAAAUUUUUCAGUCACCUUUAGUUAAUAAGCUUUUUUUCCCCCAAAUUUUUCCUAUAACAUCUUUAGAUUAUUGUUAUUAGCAAUGUUUACACAUGAAGCAUGAGUGUCAGGGAAUAAAUAACUCAUGUAGUCCAGCCACUCUGUAAAUUAUUAAAUGUACAUUUGUAUUAUCAGUGCCCAUUUAUAACUGUCUAACUCAUCUCUUUUAGAGUACCUUACUUGGCUGUAGCCAAAUCAUUUCAGGCCAUAGAAGACACUUCAGCAAGGUAAGUACAGAGUGACAUUUUUUGACCUUUGUGUAGAUGUACACAUAGAUGAAAGAAGACUGUAACUAAGAAUGAACCCUUGGUAGCUUUAAUUAUUUGUUAUCAUUACAGUAAUAAAUUUAUUUCAAUUUUUUUUAAACUUAUUUUAUGUCAAAACAGGUUAAAAAUCACCUCCAUCCUCAGCAAUUUCUUCCGUUCAGUGAUUGUUCUUUCUCCUGAUGAUUUGCUUCCAUGUGUUUAUCUCUGUCUUAAUAAGGUAGAAGAUAUGGAUAAUUCUUCAUCAAAUGUUAUGUGAAUUGACAUUUUAUAAGAAGUAAACAACUGUAAGUUAAGUACAUAAUUAUCACUACACUCCAUAGGCAAGGCUGUUGAAACUGAGUGUACAUUAUACUGCUAGAUUUCACAUCAAAUUCUGACAGCUAAAAUUAAAAGAAAUGUCUGGUAGACAGUGCAGAAAAAUGAUUAUUUUAAGGAGUGAAGGGAUGAAAAGUUACAGGUGUGGAGAAGUUCUAUAAUUAACAGAGGUGUCUUCAAUGGUGAACCCUUUACACCCUAAUAUCAAUAUACAUAUUCUUCUAAGUGUUCUCUUUACAUUCUCUCUGCUAUUGAUAAGACAAAUGUUUUUAAAUAAUCCAGUGCUUCUUGAGUUUUCAAUGAUUUCCUUAGUUUAUUUUCAUUGCCUAAUGUGUGAUUCAGGUGUGAUAUUGUAAGAAGAAAUAAGAUGUGAGUCACUGUUAGGGAUUAAAGUGUUAUGCUCCAACUGUACAUGUCUGAACAAUUAUGUCUGAAUUGUUCCUUGAUCACUUUUUGUCCAUAAUUCAUAGCUGGCUCCAGCAUAUGAAGGAAUUGAACUUGGAAUUGGAGAGAACAUUCUGAUGAAAGCAGUUGCAGAGUCAACAGGUGCACCGAGAGUUUUAUGAUCUAUUUGAUGCGACAGAAAAAGUUAGCAAACAUUGCAAUCAGACAGUUUACUUUUUCUCUCAGGUUUUAUGAUAUUUCAAUUUAUAUGGUAUAAUUUCUUAUCUUAGGACGAAGCCUUCAACAGAUAAAGUGUGAUGUUGGGGAAAAGGGAGAUUUGGGAAUAGUAGCUGAGGUAUUUUUUCAGCUAAUUCUAAUUUUAAUCUGAACAUUGAGUAAAUUUGAAACUUAUUAUUUUCUAAUUUUUUUUUUCUUAUACGGUGUAGAAGUAGGUCAUAGUUUACUUUACAACACUAGCAAGAUAGCCAUAUUAGCAUCUAAAAAGUUAUAUACAAUAGUCAAGCAAAAUCUUAAGAGAGACUUGGGAUUACUACUAGUUAAGUCUUAUUACCUGAUUACUGUUGGCCAGUACAGACUGAUACUGGACUAUUGCCAUUAUUUAAUACAUUUAUGUUAACUGUUGUACCAACAAAAACUUGAUCAUAUAUAUAGGGCACAAAACUUACAAACCCUCAGCAAAACUUUAAGCAGAGUUUUCAAUCUGCUAGAUGAAUGGUGUUUUUAUUUUACCUGUCAGAGUUGCCGAAGCACACAGCGCACCAUGUUUGCCCCACCCAAACUAACUGCUACAAGUGUCUUUACCAAACUGAAAGAAAUUGCAAUGAUGACUGGACACAGUGUGAGUAUAAACCCACCCAGCACAUAGUAAACAGAUAGUUUGGCUUUUCUGGGUGUUGCAAAUUCUUUUUACCUGAUAUUUGCACUUCAAGGGUAGAAGUCAUUAUUGACAGAGACUCAUGGCCAACUUGUUUAGAAUUGUGAAAAUUUAAGUUCUCUGGGUACAGUGAUGUUAAAUAACCUUUGUCAAAAUUUUGUUACAGUCCAUGACAAGAAAGUCAGAGAAAAUCAAAGGCAUGUUUGUAGCUUGUCGUGAUGCAGAAGCAAGAUAUUUGAUUAGGUUAGCUGUUACAGUAAAAUUUAAUUGUUAAAACCAUUAUUGGAACUCUUCUUUCAUUAUUGACUUAUAAUAAAGAGGUAAUUUUUCUGGGCAUUAUUAAAACAUUAUCUUGCAGAAAAGUGAUGAGAAGAAAUCAGAAGUAUCAUGUGGGGGAUGCAGUUUGAUUUAACACCAAAUUCUUUUUCAUUUAAGCUCUGAAAGAGCCUAAAUGAAAGAUGUUUGGUUAUAAGAUGUGUGGGAGAUAGAGGGGAGAAUUGAUUCUGAUAUCUUAAGAGUGAAAGGAUUAAUUUCAGUGAAAGGAUGUGAAAUGGGGGCUUUGAGUGGGUAGAAUUGAGACUAUUUGGUUUUAGAUGAUAAAAUUUUUCCUUUUUAAUGAAGUUGCUAGUUUGGUAACUGCAGGAUUGACUUUUAUUGCAGUAAGCUUGAAUGUGUCAUGCAGCGAACUUGACAAUAUUUCUUGUGUUCAGAUCCUUAGGAGGCAAGUUAAGAAUUGGUCUUGCAGAACAAUCAGUGUUAACAGCCCUUGGACAUGCUGUCUUUCUCACCCCUCCUAAUAAAGGUACAGUAUUAUUACAUCUAUAGAACAUUCUGUAUGAAAUGAGUAGCAAAACUAAUUGUAUCACAAACCUGUGAAAAUGAUUUCUUAAUUUGUUCCUUUUCUUCUUUUUUCAGAGUUCCCUCCUCCCAUUCUUGACAAUGCUAAGAAUUUUUCUGGUGAUGUAUUGAAAAAGAAACAAGAUGAGGCUGCUUUAAUUGUCAAGACCUGUUACUGGUAAGAAAUACGAUUCUCACCUGUCAGCCCUUGAGAAACCUUUUGGUUCUCAAAGUUAUUCAUACAAUUGCUUUGUCAAGAUUUUGAUUUGCUUGCCAUUAGGGGUAGAAAGAAAAUUGAACAACUAAAUUUGUAGCAAAAGCUGUGAGGAGUUUGGCAACCUGUGUUUGGCAGUCACAAAGCAAGCUGUAGCAUUUUUAAUACUCAGUGUUUUUGGUCUCAAUUUAAAAUAUGAUAAACAUUUGAACAAAUGUUGUGUCAUAUUGCAGAAAAGAAAUUUCUCUUUUUUCCUUGUGACUAAAAUUUGUAUUUCAGGCCAACAUUUUAAUAUUUUAGCUCCCUGACAAUUUUUGAAUUAGGGCUAAGUCCAUACCAAAUGCCUUAAUGAUGCAAUCAAACCAAAUUUCUCUCUUCACAUGUUUGAUUAUUUGGUUUUUUUUUGGCAGUGAAAUGCCCAGUUAUGACAAGCUGAUUCCAUCUCUUUUGGAACAUGGCCUAGAAACACUGCCUGAUCACUGUCAUCUAACACCAGGUAAUUAUACAUGUAUUGAUCAAUAUGAAGUGGCUGUUCUUGCCUGUCACGCCAGUUGCAUGUAAGAGAUUCUCUGUCCUUGACACUACAACUAGAAAUAGAUUAUAUCUUCUUGGGAAUAGUAGGUAUUUAGCAUUGUUUCAGUGGUUAAACCCCGACAUAUACGUGUGAGUGUUGCAUAGCCAUUAUUUAGGUGCAAGUACUGUUUGGAAAUGUACAGCUUGGAUUUCUACUCAGGUAUUCCACUGAAGCCAAUGCUGGCUCAUCCUUCCAAAGGAGUGGAAGAAGUAUUCAAAAGGUUUGAGGAUGCAGCCUUCACAUGUGAAUAUAAGUAUGAUGGAGAGCGAGCUCAGGUUAGGAAUUAUUUGUAAUAUUUAUUGUUGUUGUGUGUACUGUGUCACCAUUGUUAAGGUCUGAAGAUGCUGUAGUCUUCCUAUUGACUCACUGGCACUCAUAAAUUGUCUGGGGUAACUUGUUGGAUGAUAAAACAGCUGCCUCACAAGGGCUCAUACAGUGAGGAAAAUCCAUCUUUUGCCCAUUCACCCUGACUGCCUGCUGUUACUUAAGAAUGUUUAGAGUUACAGAAUGAUUUCUUUUUCUAUGUUUCUAGAUCCAUGUACUAGAAAGUGGAGAAAUUCACAUUUACAGCCGAAAUCAGGAGAACAACACAUCCAAGUAUCCUGACAUUAUUGAAAGAAUGCCAAAAGUUAGUAGUUCUUAUCCUUUAGGUAUAUUCAGUUGGGUAGAAUCUCAUCCAGAUUCAGCAUGUUUACUUUUGGUUCACUCGGGUAGCCUUUUAAGCAAGGUCAUAUGCACUUUCCAACUUUUUAGUUAUGUUUUUAGGACAGAAAAUCUUUAAAGUUUACAGUUUGUUCAACUGUUUGGAACACUCUUACAACCCAACCCAGACUCACUAGUAGUGCCCACUUAGUAUACUUCAUAAAAGACACAACAGUUGAAUUUAUCACAAUUGACUACUAUUAGUCAUAUGUAGUAUUUUUAACUAUUCAUUUAUUUUUCCUCUAGCUUGAUGGUAAGCUAUGCCAAGUUAUUAUUUUCAUAUAAAUGUGUACAGCUCUUAGUCAUAAAAAAGUAACAUCUCAUCUUCCCCAAACUUGAGCAAACUCACAUGGUCAGCUAUGACAAACUGUUCAAUGUAAAGUGCUUUCCUUUCCUUCAUAGGUUUUAGGUGAUGAGGUUAAGUCCUGCAUAAUUGAUGCUGAAGCUGUGGCGUGGGACAGGGAAAAGAAACAGAUUCUUCCUUUUCAGAUUCUUAGUACACGUAAAAGAAAGGUGAUUUAUAGAUUGAUCUUGCAGUAAACAUACCAUAGUCAGCCCUUGCAGGAUGAGAGAAAGAGUAUAUGCCAACCAAAAAUAAAAGAGCAUUUCAUAACUUUUCAAGUUUAAUCCUGUAGUUCACUUGGUCUUCAUGUAAUUUCACCAUUGUCAACUUCAUAUGUUAUACAUUUUACUUUAUGUGGUAACAAAACUAGCAUCAUUCUUCUGCUUUAACCAGUAAACUAAAGUUUCAUGAUGCAAAUAAAGAUAGGUUUCAGUUUUUUUAUUCCCUUCACUUGGUUGACUUAGUUCAGUUUGUAUUCUCAAGGAUGCUGAUGCCUCAGAAAUAAAAGUUCAAGUUUGUGUCUAUGCAUUUGAUUUGCUGUACCUGAAUGGAAAGGUAUGUCUUUGACAAUGUAUUAGUAUAUUUUUCAUUUGGGAGACCAAAAAGUUAAUAGCCAUUUUGUUUAUUUUCCGGUGGAUGAAUGUUAGUUAAUAUGAUUUCACUUUUUAUACAUUUCAAGAAUUAAAUUUGUUCUCUCUCAAAAUUGAGAGAGGAGGAAUAGGGAUGUAAAAGUGUAUUGCAGAGAUUUGAAGGAUGUAAGUUAAAGAGUAAAUGGGAGCUUCUCUCCCCACCAAAUAUGGCUUCCUGUAUUAGAAAGGACAAGCCGAGAGCUUCUCUUGCUGACAUGUGGCUAACCAUUUAUCUCCCAGAAGUGAUUAACAUAAAACUUCUCCCUACAAUAUCCAUAAAUUCUUCAGCAAACAGGUAAUGAGAAUAUUCAAACUUAUCAAGUAGAAGCUGCUAUCUAGCACCAAGUUCUCAUAACUAAUUCACUAGGAAAUGUGUAGCAGCUAGAGGGGAGAAUUAACAAUCAGAUCAUGGGAGUUAAAGGGCUAACAGUAUUGGUUGGAAAGAGCACUGCUCCCAAAAUCAUUCCUAUCUAUACUUACACACCAACACCUUCAAGUCCACUUUUGAAUAUAUUUGAAAUUAUUGUAACCUUUGGUCUAUUUCAGUCAUACAUCAAGGAAACAUUUCGAACUCGACGAGAAGCUUUACGAUCAUCACUCACAGAAGUUGAAGGGGUAGGGGAAAUUUUUUACAUGCAUGGUUGUUUCAAUUUCAAGUAAAAACAUUGCAAAAACAAUUAUUGCAUUUUUUUUUUUUACUAUUACAGGAGUUCAUGUUUGCUCAGAGUUCUGAUUCAAUAAACACAGAUGAUAUUGCAGAAUUCUUGGAUGAGUCAAUCAAAGGUAAUUAAUAGUUGAUGAUUCUGUUAAAUACAAUUUUCAGGUUUUCUCUUUAAUUUUCAGACAUCUAGGAUCGUACCUUUUAGAGGUGUAAUGCUCACUCUCUCUCUUUAGUUGUCUAUUCUUCCCAAAAAUGUGUGAAUACCCUUGUGAAUUGAUUUUGCCUCUGUUCUACAAUUUUUCAGGUAAUUGUGAGGGUCUGAUGGUUAAAACCCUUGACAUGGAUGCCACAUAUGAAAUUGCAAAACGCUCACAUAAUUGGUUGAAGGUAAGUCUUACUUUUUUACAAAUUCUGAAAAGAAUACUAAGAAACAGAAUGUUAUAGAUUUUCAGUGCUGUAGGUGUUUCUUUUUUAAUCCACAGCUGAUUUAUUUACAUUGUAGUGAUGAUUAAUCCCUGUGAAGAUAAACUGUUUCUCUUUCAUUUCAGUAUUCACUAUUGUAGUUUUGUUUUUAUUACAUUGCUAUGAUUCCUACAACCUUGUUUUGUUGCUAUGAAAUUUGUUUUACUGUAUAAUUUCAAUAUUUAUUUUAAAACAAACAUGUCACUGUCUAUGUAACAGGAAUAAACCAUGUUAUUUUAGCUGCUUAUUUCAAACCUACUCUGUUGUAAUUAAAGCAAAACCAUUGUUAUAAAGAGAAAAUUAUUUCAUUGUAAUUUUUGUAAAUCAGUUCAUCCCCUCAACUUUCAGUUGAAGAAAGACUACCUAACUGGUGUGGGAGAUACUUUAGAUGUAGUUGUCAUUGGAGGUUAUCUGGGUAAAGGCAAAAGAACUGGCUCAUAUGGUGGAUACCUGCUGGCCUGCUAUGAUCCUGAGAAUGAAGAAUUCCAAACCAUCUGUAAAGUAAGAAAAAAAACUUACAGAAUAUUUCAAAUUAUGUCAUUGUCACAGAAUAGAGUUCUUCCCAGGUCUACUCAUACCCAAUCUAUGAAAUUAUUUAAUCAACAAUCUCUCUGUUCAGUUGCUCUUAAAGUUGCUCUAAUGUCACCAGGGUCAUUUUAUUUUCAAUAUAUUUUUUUUCAGAUUGGAACAGGUUUUACAGAUGAGCUACUUGACAAACAUUACCAGUUUUUUAAGGAUCAAGUGAUUCCACAUCCAAAGGCCUACUAUCGCUAUGAUGAUAAUCUGGCUCCCGAUCAUUGGUUUGACCCAGUUCAGGUGACAAAUCUAUUUUUCUAGACAGGAAUUUUGAGCAUGAGAUUUGUUCUUGUUUGUGACUUUACAGAUGUAGUUACAUUCUGGUGGGUACUGAUGGGUACUGAUUUAUUUCAAACAGUGCCUUGUGUUUAGAUCAGGGUGGAGGGGGAAAGUAGGAUACCCCCCUGACCUCAACCCUAACCUGUUCCCCUCAGGUAAGUAGCCCAUGUGAAUACUGACCCUUUAUCAAACAUCAACAACUUGCUAUGAUUGCAAGUCGUAGCUACUAAAAGAGAAAAAAGAAAUUACUUUGAUGUUGCUAGAGGCUUGAUUAUCCAAAGUUUAAAAAUACCUCAAUUGUUCUUGAUUUUGAAACCGGCUUUGUUUACCCUUAAAAUGCAAUAUAACAUACAUAUACAUGUAAUGCUUAAAGUGUAUCCUUUGCUAAGGUUACUGGGUGCAGUUUUAUUUGAGUGUAACGUGAGUUUGCUUAUUUUUGUGGUGUAGGUUUGGGAAAUCAGAGCAGCAGAUCUUUCAGUUUCUCCUGUUCAUAAAGCAGCUCUGGGCCUGGUAAGUACUACGUUUGUAAAAUGCUUCCUAUGAUAAUUAUUUCAUGAAGCUUUUAGUUAGUCCAAUACUCUACGAGGUUUACAACACUAAAUGCUCCACUAGCCCCCGCCCCCCCUCCCCCCUCAUUCCACCCGAGGUCUAUCAGUUAAGAGGGUGGCAAAAAAUAUCAGUCACUACUUUUUUUUCCUGGUACAGAAUGCAUUCUUUUGGUUGAAAAACAAUGACAUUAAGCACUAUUUAAAAUGGAAAGCAGGAUAUUUUUAGUAUUUUGAAGCAUUAGACGUAGCAGUUACCGGAGAGGGGGUGCGGUUACGCCAAUAAGUCUGGAGCGCCACGUAAUAUCCAUGGUGGAAACCCUUUAAUGACGGGCGAAGAUCUUUGUUUGUUUCUCAGAGAUGCAAUUUUGGAUUUGGAAACUCUUGAUUAAAAACUUGUCGGUUCAAUUGAAAACUUAAAACCCCGAUUAAGGAACAGGAACGUAUUAGUGCCGAUUUAGGUAAACCACUGAAGGGAUGUCUUUCCAGGUCUAAGAGCCAGAGUAGGAUUCAAUUACGUCUGCGUUUCAACUUACAGAAGAGUUCUUCCUCGUCGUUGUUUAUUAGGUGGAUCCUGUCAAGGGAAUAUCACUGCGGUUUCCUCGCUUUUUAAGAAUCCGAGAUGAUAAGAAACCUGAACAAGCCACGGACAGUUCACAGGUUAGGAACAAUUUUAUAUUUAAGGAACGAUGUUUACCAUUUGGCACGAGAGUUGGUGAAACAAAAAUAUGCCCUCUGGCGAGGUUAUAAACAACACUCAGCCAGUUUAGGGUUUCCGGUCCGAGGCUCUGCAAACUUACUUUCAGCGAGCUUUUUAGUUCCCUGAACCAGUUUCUGAGUUCAUAUUUUGCAGGUGUCGUGCAUGAUUCUAAGUUCUAUUUCGAACUCGUCCCUUAUCUCAGAAAAUUGUUUCGGAGUGCCUUUUGAAAUUUUAGUUUCCCUUAAAUCUAGGUUGCGGAAAUGUACAGAAGCCAAGAAACUGUAAAGAAUAACGCAAAUCCUCCACCAACCAUAGACGCCUCCGAUGACUUCUAUUGAUGCAAGAAAUAAUUCCUUUCCGUAUCCUGUGGAAAAAGAGGAAUUGGCGUCUCUUGAAAGCCUAGAAAAGUGAUUUACUUGCACUCGCCAAAAGCAUUGCAUCUUCGGUUCACAGUAAGCGUUUAUUUGGACGCAGUGAUAAUAGGACGAGUUGAAUUUUCAAUGAAGAUGUGUUAUCAGCUGCUACUCUGACCUUUUACGCCCUUUGUCUCAAGAGAGUGGUCAGAUUUUAAUUUCCUCUAUCAUUUAUAAGACACUGUGUAGCAUUUAGGUACUGAGAAUUAAGCCUGAUCAAGCUGCUGCGCGCGGAGGGACUAAGCGGAGCCCCAUACCUAUGUAAACAUGAUAACCAUGCACGGUGGUCGGAAGAUGGUAGAGCCGAACUGUCUCUCGUUUACUCGGUUUAAAUGAACCCCACAACUUGAAGGAAGUUCGGAUAAAAUGAUGGGAAGUAAAAAGGACCAACUUGAGCUCUGGGACCUGCCUAUCGUAAGUAAACGUAGUACAAAAACUCAGACUUAAUGCAGUCCACAUCUAUAUUUGACAAUCCACUCGAAUACAAAUACAACUAGAUAAAAUAACUUAGAGUUAUCUUAGGGGACCAUUCCCAAGUGUACACUGCCCUAGAAACUGAAAUUUCGUGAAAGUUUCAUGAAGCUGCACUUUCCGAUGGAUAAUUUUAGUAAUUUCUGUGAAUCUGUAAGUAAAUCAAAUCGUACACUAUUUCGUCUGAGAAUUCCUUGUGUAUACUAAUAUCACGAUAUGACAGAAGCCGUAAUUUGUCUUAUAUUUUUUCAUUAUAUUAAGAAU